UUUUAAAAAUAAACUAAAAAGUAUAAGCUAUGAAACUUUAAAAAAUGAAUUGUAUUAUUCCAGGGCAAAAUUUAAAAGUAUUCGCGAGAGCCCUAAAUGCCUUAGCAAGAAUUGGUGAUGACUUAUAUGUAGAAGCUUCUAAAGAACAGCUCCACCUUGUUACACUCAAUUUGAGAAAAACUGUUUGUGUCCGAUAUGAUUUUAAGGAAAUUUUCUUCUCAAAUUAUGAAAUUAAUGAGGCAGAGCUUGGUGGAACAGAAUCAGUAUCCUGCAAAAUUCAUUUAAAAACGCUACUGCCUUUAUUUAAAGGUACACAUUUAGACAAAAAGUUAGAUUAUGUGAAAAUUGAAUAUGAAAAUAAUAGCGAUUUUAUAAUAUUUAAAAUGAAAUACAAAUGUGAUGAAAUUUUAAUGAGGCACACGCUUCGUUUAAUGGAAUCAGAAACUUUAACAAUAGGAAUCUCACCUGACAAUGGAUGCAACAACAUAGGAACAACAAGUACAUUUUGCAACCAACUUUUAAACAUGUUUAGCAAUUCUGAUGAUGAAAUACUGUUCGAAAUUACUAAAGAUAAGGCUGUAGUCAGGAAUUAUUAUGUAGGAGCUCCAGUAAGACCAAAGUCUGUGAGAAGCCAAGUGAAUCUAAAUGGAUCUGAAUUUACAAUGUUUAGGAUAGACCAAGAAACUACAAUUAAUUUUUCUUUAAAACCAUUUAGAACGGCCAUACAGUUUGCUGAAGCGUUCAAUUUAAGCAUUUCUCUCAAUUUUGAAAAAGGAGGCAAACCUCUUUCAGUAUUGAUGACAAAUCCAACAUUUGAAGUUAGUUUCAUUGUUGCUACUUUAAACCCUUACAGUGAUAAUCAAAGUUCAAUGAGCACAGAAAUACCUGCUAAAAUUACCCAGUUUAACAAUAACCAUCCAAACAUUACUGUUGAAGAUCAACAAGCUCUUUUAGCAGAGGACUGGGAUGAUCUCAGCCUUGAAGUUAAUAAUAAACUUCCAAUUAAACGAACUACUAAGAGUAGUAGCAAUAGUAGUUCAAAAGAACCGUCUUUCAGAGAAAUUGUGGAACAAGCCAGAUCAAAACGCAGUCGUAGAUUUAGCAAUGACGAAAACACAAAUGUUGACAGAAGCGAGGUAAGAGAAGAAGAUACAGAACCGGCUGUCAAUGUUGAAGAAAAUGAAGUUUCCAUAUCGCCGGAAUCUCCAAAGACCAAGAAAGCAAAACUUGUUUUUGGAAGGUGUUUUGAAAUGACUUUUUCUAGAGAUCGUCUAGGAGUAGUUUUGGCACCAAAUUCGGAUUCAGAAUAAGUUUUAAAUUAUUUAUUUUCUUGUAAAUAGUGUAUUUUUCUAAUAAAAUUAAUUUAUUUUUAAUAACAAA